CAUGUUUGCGCAUGGCUCAACGCAAUAAAUCCAGCUGCGUAACGAGUCGUUGAAGCUCGCAAGCCUUCCCAAAGCUCCUUCUUCCGAAAUAGCCUGCUUAGCUCUGUUCAGGUUCCGGUGAAUCGCGUGGAUCCUUUCGUAAUACAGGAUAUCAUAUAUCAGGUUCCAAGGCAUUUGAGGCGUUGAAACUUGAGAUUGGGCUUUAGAAGAAAAAAAAGGGAAUAGUGGGAGCGAUUCAACUCGGAUUGGAAAUGUGCCGGCCGCCACUUCCGGACCAUGUUAGGUUGUGGGCUGUUGUGGGUCAACAGACGUGUACAUACAGCUUGAUCCCUUGGGACCCACUGGCGUUGUCAAAAAUGGAUACAAGGCACUGUUCUAUUCCCAAAAAUGUAGUUGCGGUAAUGAACGUAAGUAGCGUGCUCGAAAGAGGUCCUCCAGGAGCUCGAUUACCUCCCGCGGAAUGUUCAAGAUAUACCAUUGUUAUUCUGGUGAAAAAUGGUCGCUUGAUUCUUGUGCAAAGUGAAGACAUUUCAACUCCGGACGCCUUGCUUACAAUGCCAUACGAUGAACAGACGGCGAGCCUUGAAGCUUACGAAUCCCGUAUCUCACAACGAGUGUCAAUUGUCGCGUCUCUCAUUGACACGAUUGAUUUUGAAAAGUCACAUUUUGUAGUUUUAAUGUCCGAUACCUCUCAGACCCGUUUUAUAACGCAGCCUUUGCACGAUAUACCGCCACUUACAGCUCCAUUAGGAUGGCUUCCUAGAGUACAAGAAUCAGACUUAUAUGCCUGCCAGUGGUUGCACGAUAGGGUACAUUGCAUAUGGAAUGGUCGGCAGGUUGAUUUCUUCCUAUCCUUUUCCCUUGCCAAUCGAUGGAGGGUGCAACAAAUGAUCACGAUAACACAUCUCCUUGAGAGAUUGAAGAUAGAUAUCACUUACGAACCACUUGCUAUUGUUGUACGGGGUGCUGAAAUUUUGGGCCUCGUCAUGGCUAGGGUUGAAGGUAGAUUGCUUGAAAUGCGAGACCGCUCGCUGGCAUACAGUACUCUUGCCCAGCUUCAUGAAGCGAAUAUCAUGUUCGAAAGUCAACCUUUUAUUGAUGAUUUUCUGAUCCACAAAGGAAAACUGUGCAUCACAUCGAAUGUUUCCUGGUUGGUUCAAUACGAUCCUGGGGACAAAGAGAGAGAUAGACUCGAAGCCCGGGCUUGGCAAGGGAUGAGUAAAAUCUUUGAUGAACUUCAUCAACUGGAUAAAUCGUCGGUCUUCGACGUGAAUCAAUAUUGGUAUAAACCGACUCUGCUCAAUUACGUCCCCAGUCCAGAGCCUUUGAUAUUUCGAAAUACAUAUGGUUUCUUCCUUCUUGUGGCAAAAUUCGAAAAGUAUGCAGCGAGAAAAAAGAAGAAUACAUACUCUUUGAAUUCUCUCCUCAAGUCGGACACCACCAGUGGCUCUACGAAAUACAGACGCACCAAUCCUCUAUCAAAGUCAACUUACCAUCCUUAUAGUGAUGGUAUGAACAACUUUACUCUUCUCAUAUCCAGCGAACCCGAGAUUGGUCGUCAUAGUUCUGACAAGCACAACCGGAGAAAGCCCUCGGGGGUUCUUGUUCGAGCUGUUUCCGUGGCGAGUGAUCACACUCUUGUGGAUGUAGAUGAUGAUGCCACCACUGUAAUCGGUGAUGAUGAGAGGUGGAAAUCCUGAGAAUAAUUUCCAUAUCCCUUAGUAUGCUUGCUUUUGUUAUCAAUUUGCAUCCUACUAUCAUCUAUGGC